AUGUCAGGCCCCGGGCAGCGCGAGCCGUCGCAGGCGGGCGGGCCGGCGGGCCCCGAGGGCGCGGACGCGGCGCUGGGCGAGGCGGGGCAUAGUUUCACGACCACCGACCUGAGCCUUGUGGAGAUGACCGAGAUCGAAUACACGCAGCUGCAGCACAUCCUCUACUCGCACAUGGAGACGGCGGCGGCCGACGGCGAGCUCGGGACGCGCCUCAACUCGGCCUUCCUGGCGGCGGCGGCGCCGGGCGCGGCGGCCGGGGGCUUCGCGGCGGCGAGGGGCGCGCCGCCCGUGUACCCGGUGCUGUGCCCGCCUGCGCUGGCCGAUGGCAGUUUCGCGGGCGCCAACCAGUGCCUGGGCCACAUCGACUUCCAGGAGCUGCGCAUGAUGCUGCCGAGCGAGGCGGGCGCGCCCCCCGCCGCCGAGAAGACGCCGGGCGCCGUCGGCCCGGGCGCCGGCACACCCCGGCCCAAGGCGCCCGACGGCGCCGGCGAGGAGAACGUGGAGGGCGCGCCCGAGACGCGGGCCAAGUCGGCCGUGCGCGUCCGCCUGGAGGACCGCUUCAAUAGCAUCCCAGCCGAGCCCCCGCCAGCCCCGCGCGGUGCGGAUCCCCCCGAGCCCGGCAUGGCGCUCAACAAAGUUCUAGUAACUCAUGUUCUGUCCUUGAAGCUACCAAGCAUCAGGAUAUUGGAUUGCCGAGGGCAUUUUCUUUCUGUUAUCAGCAAGAAAUUGAAUCCACUAAACAGACUUUGGGUAGUAGAAACAAAGCUUUGCCUGAGCAGGUUUGGAUUAAAGUAGGAGGUAAGCGAUGAAACAGAAGCUGGCAGGUGCUUUCUCCUCCUGCCUGAUG